UGCCCACAGUCAGCGGGGCUGGAAGUGACUCUGAAGCCGGUAUUUCUCUGUUCAGCCUUCCAGGAGGGGGCCGGCGCUGUGACGCGAUCAGAGGGAGACGCCCGGCCUGGCCAGGAACCGCCGCGCGUGAAGGUGACGAGGGCAAGCUGCCUCCCAGGGACCACGGCCAUCGGGCGGGUGCUGCGGCAGGGCCCAGGCUGGGAACACGGGAGGCGAUUUGGGCAGGGAGAGUAGUUCAGUGGAGGACAGCCAAGGGUGUGACCUCCUAGCCUGGCUGGAGAAGCAGAGACUCCACCGCCCAACGAGAGAAAGCGAUCAGGGAGGCCGUUUGAGGACGCACCGCCCGCCCUGCUUUGCUCACUGGGCGCUGCGAACACAGCGACCUCGCCGCAGCCCCAGCACGCUCGCCACUCGCCAUUCUGCGCAUGCGUGCUUUCUAGGCCGGGCCCCUCCAGGGCCAAUGGGGUGCGGCGUUCCUUCGGGUUCAUCCAAUGAGCGCAUCAGAUGCUUUCACAUUGACCAAUGGGGCUUCGAGUAACCUGCUGGGCGAAGCUGGCCCCGCCUUCCGUGUGUCCGAGAGACGAAGCCGAGGCUGAGUGGAACGAGAGGGGCGUUCCGGGCCGUUCCUUCAGCACCGUGAGGUUCUUGUGAGGUUCUCUGAAAGCCAGAUCCGUAGCCGCUCUUCCAAGCCGCUCAGAAAGACGCCAUGGGAACCCGUCGUGUCCAGGGUUUGCUGUUCCUCCUCCUCCUCCUCCUCGGGGCCCCCUCCUUGGCCUCGGAGCAAAAGUUGCACUGUCACAAGGGCAUAUGGAUGAGUGUAGAAGAGGACCCACGGAAGACGUUUAAUUGGACCACAGAGAACGUUGAGACUUGUGACAGUGGGUCAUUGUGCCAGGAAUCCCUUCUGAUGAUUAAAGCAGGGGCCAAGACAGCAGUUUUGGGCACUAAGGGCUGCGUGGCAGAUGGGACACAGGCGAUAAUGUACGUCCAGCACUCCCCGCCCCCAGGCAUAAUCACCGUCUCCUACAGCAGCUACUGUGAGGAGCCCUUAUGCAACAGCAGGCAGAACUUACUGGAGCUGUGGAAGGAGGAAGAGACCCAGGGGCCGUGGGGAGCUCCCAGUAUGUCUCCACGCCUCCACUGCCCAACCUGUGUGGCUUUGGGGACCUGUUUGAAUGCUCCUUCUCUUCCCUGUCCCAAUGAUACAAUUCAGUGCUAUCAAGGAAGACUUCAGAUCACUGGAGGAGGCAUCAGCUCAUUUUUGGAGGUCAAAGGCUGUACAUCCAUAAUUGGCUGCAGGCUGAUGUCUGGGAUCUUUACAGUAGGGCCCAUGUGGGUGGAGGAAAUCUGUCCAUAUCAGUCUCUCCUUCAACCCCGAAAUACUGAAAAUGGGGCCACCUGGCUUCCUGAUUCGGUUUGGAGGUUAGAACUAGUGCUGCUGAUGUUACUGCAGUAACUUGUCCAUUGUUCCUGAGGAGGUGCUUCUUGUCCUGGGCCGCAGGACACCCCUCCUGACUGCUGGCCAUCAACAAGUUGAGGAGCAAGUGGAGAGCUAAGAACAGAGAGAGUUCCUGUGGAUGUAUUUUAUAUUUCCAAUAAAGUUUCUGCUGUGAUUGGUGUAUAACCCAAGACUAGAAGUGGAAUUUUAGUGCU